GUGCACCCCUCCUCGCUCGCUCUUCACCCUCUCGCUCCCUCGGUCCUCUCGGCCCCUCUCUCUAUCUCGUCUCCACACUCGACGACUCCCUUUCGCUGACGCCUCCCUGUGCGAAUAAGAAAGUAUUCGCCACUGCUCGUCAGGUCUUGCCAUAGUCACGAAAGUCCCAACACUAGUGUCGGCAGCACGGACCUGUUCUCUCGACCUGGCUCACCUUAGUCUGUGCCCUCGUCAUCGCACUCUAUCCAAGCGUCCCGCCUUCGUUACCUCUCCACCCUUCAUUCCAUCGAUCAAUCACGAGCUCAAGAGCACACAAAAACGGAAGAGGAAGUCGCAAGAGGAGGACACAUAGAAGAUCGAUAAGGAAUCAUGGCGACGUCGUCGUCCACCUCUUCGAUUCGCAAGAAGCGGAACUUCAAGAACUUGCACCUUGUCGAGACGCCCCUCUCGACGCCAGGGGGCUCCUCGGCCUCGGCGAACCGGACAGGAUCAUCAUUACUGUCCGCAGCGACGAGUAGCAACCUGGCCAAAGGCUCCUCGGCCACGGCCACCGCUUCGACCACCAGGGGCGACUCGGCCUCGACGGGGACCGGUGGCCUGCCCCAGAAUGGGCCGCCAACAGGCCUCAGCUCGGGCGGCUCUCUCAUGGCAAAUGCCUCGACAUUACCUUCGACGGAUCCCAGCAGCGGGGCAAACUACCACAACAAGCUGAGCGAGCAGUUGGCCAAUCUCGAGCUGGGCGUAGAGUACAAGCUGGAUCUGAAAAACGAGGACCUCUCUUUUCUCUCGGAGCUCGGUAGUGGGAAUGGGGGCACGGUAACCAAGGUGCUCCAUGAAAAGUCCAACACCGUCAUGGCCAAGAAGGUCGUCUUCAUCGAUGCCAAGCCGACGGUGCGAAAGCAGAUUUUGCGCGAGCUGCAGAUCCUCCACGAGUGCAAUAGUCCCCAUAUUGUCAGCUUCUACGGCGCCUACCUCGCCGAGCCGCACAUCUGCAUGUGCAUGGAGUAUAUGGACUCCGGCUCCCUCGACGGCAUCUACCGGAAGAAUGGCCCAGUCAGAUCAGAUGUAUGCGGGAAGAUUGUCGUCACAGUCGUCCAUGGCCUCACCUACCUCUACGACGUCCAUCGAAUUAUUCAUCGAGACGUCAAGCCAAGCAAUAUUCUCGUCAAUAGGCAGGGUCAGAUCAAGAUCUGCGACUUUGGCGUCAGUGGCGAGCUCAUCAACUCAAUAGCUGAUACCUUUGUCGGCACCUCGACAUACAUGAGCCCGGAGCGAAUUCAAGGGGACCAAUACAGUGUCAAGUCAGACGUCUGGUCCCUGGGUAUCUCUGUCAUUGAGCUGGCUCUGGGCAGAUUCCCCUUCAGCGACGAUGACGGUAAUGACGACGAGGGCGAUGAUGAUGACGACAUACCCGAAGAGCUGCGUGGGACCUUGAGCCCCACGAAGCCAGAUGCUCAAGCGGCAGCGCGAGCGGCUGGGGCACGCGCAAGAAAGACAAAGAAGGAACCGGCGGGCGUCUCGCUCGAGGGCUCGGGUGCCCAAAUGUCGAUUCUCGACCUACUUCAGCACAUUGUCAACGAGCCUGCGCCGAAGCUGCCGCCGGUCGCGCCAAACGGGAGACGCUUCUCGACGGACAUGGUCCAGUUUAUUGAUCUCUGCCUGUGCAAAGACGUUGCCAAGCGGCCCAGUCCCAAGGAGCUCACGGAGCACAGCUACGUCAAAGAGGCAGAGGCAGCAAAGGUGGAUCUUCUCGGUUGGGUCAAAGGGUUGAAGUAGGGUUGGGGAGGGAUGGUAGUAGUCGCCAUUUUGCCCUUGUCACCACUCUUUUCUUUCUCUCUCUCUUCUUUUCACUACGUCUUGAUGGCUUUCGUCACGUUACCUUUCAUCUCCAUGGCUCUCAUAUAAACAUUCUCUCAUCUCUCAUCCAUUCAUUCAGUCUC